AUGACGCUGACGAGCGGCCUUCCCCGAUCCAAGGCAUGCAGGGCGCACGCGACAGCGCACUUGAAGGAGGUCAUCACGCCGGAUCUCCUCGAGAAGCUGCGGAGGUUUUGGUUCAAGCAUCUGCAUACUGAAGAAGCGUUCAUCCUGCCGCAGAAGAACCAGCUGGGGCGUUGGUUCUUCUCCGACGAGAACUUUGACGAGAGCUGCGUGAGAAAGUUCCGUCCGGCUCUAGAAGCCCUCAAGUCAUCGAGGGCGACUUCGAGAGACAUCAUCGCCAUCGUAAGGCCCAUCACGCCACUUCAGUGGUUGAGCCUCGUCCUGCUCCUGGACCAGAUCCCCCGCAAUUGCUAUCGUGGCGCAGAAUCUUCCGUCGUCUUCAAGUUCUUUGACCCCAUCGCCCGCGACAUCGCCAACCAUGCCAUCAACGCCGGCGCGACAACGCACAACCGGACAAAGUACCGGGUAGCGUAUCGCAUGUGGUUCUAUCUCCCGCUGAUGCACUCGGAAGACCUCGCACUGCAUGACUUGGCGGUGGAGCAUUACCAAAAGAUGAAGGACGACUUUGAGGAGCUCAUGGCUGGGGACGGGGCCGCCGGAGACGACGAUCAGAGGAAGUGCUGGGGAGUCUUGGCGGUACAGAAAGAGACGGCGAGAGACCUGCUUGAAACCAAUUACGACUUUGAGAUGAAGCAUCGAGACAUAAUCGCCCAGUUUGGGAGGUAUCCGCACCGAAACCUUGCUAUGCACCGGCAGUCGACGCCCGAGGAGAAAGAGUAUCUCAAGACUGGGGGUGAAACGUUCAGUGGAGGUGGAUGA